UGCAGGGGCGGAGCUUCAGUCAGGACUCCACCACGCAGGCGAGAGUGACAGAGGCACGAGAGAUUUAUUUACAAGUAACACGAACUAAUAUCACUAUUACAGAUAUAACACUGUGGUCGUAAAACCGACAGCGAGAGUGAGUUUUUAAGUCGUUACUUAAAAAUAAACGAUUUACCUCAGAGUGUGGUGAUUAGCCGGUAAAGUUUAGCUCGGUUCUGCGUGACAUCCGUAGCCUACGGUACAGUGUUCAGCACUUACGCACCGAAACCUGCGUAUCUGUCUUCUGUGAAUCCCCCGGGACUUAGCGCGUCGAAUGGCCGCCACGCCGUCGCGCUGACGCUGGAAUCACUACCACAGCAGAACUGCUGCAGGUUUCCACUCCUCCGGCGUUCGAGCGAGAGAACGUCUCGCAUGGUGUGGAGGUGAGAGAGAGUCCGGAGGAAUGCCGCCGACCAACAGCUUGCGGAUGUCAGUGGAGGUGGCUGGUCCACCCUCUCCCAGUCCGUCCCUCAUCGAGGUAAAAGAAGAGACGCUUUUGGUGUUAAAGAGUUUUCUCCGUCAUGCUCUCUCCAUCGCUCCUGGAGAUCGACCGGGGAGAAUCGGGGGCGAAUAUCACGACCCCAACAAGUACAGUGUGCUGCCGAAAGAGAAGCAGAGAAAAGAUGAAAGCGGAUGGGACUCUCUGGAUGAGAAGAUCAGUGCUGCAGAGGAGAAGAAACACGGCAUCAAAAACCUGAUAAAGAGACGUCUGAGGCCACGCCCCUCCCCUGCACGACACGCCCAGAAGUUCACCAGCCCUGACCAAUCACAGAACGGCUCUGUGUCCGGCCAGGGAGAAGCGCCUACUCCGCUGAGACGUGGAGCUUCGGUUUCACAGGGCUGUGCAGAGGAUGAAAAAUCCUCAGCGUCGGACGAGGAGGGCGAGCGGAAAACAGGCGAAAAAAAGAAAAAGAAGAACAAACUGAAGCUGGUGGAGCUUUUUAAGAAAAAAAGCCUAAAGAAAGAGGACGUGCGACCUCCGAGGCCGACGUCACUUCGUGUGAAAGAGGAGGCGGAGCCAGCAAAACCCGCGCUGUCACCGACGCACCCUCCUGAGUUCUACGAUGGCGUGGCCAAGACGUUGGGCCGAAUCGCUCAGCAAACUGUGAAGAGGAAACCACAGAGUAAACCCGAACCCGUCCAGCCCAAAGGAGACAAUAAAGAAGCCAUCAUACAGCAGCUCGUCCACUUACUGACGGCGCAGGGAGACGCCAUUAACGAGAAGAUUCAGGCUAAUCCUCAGCUGCGUAAGUCGCUGAACCGAAUGUCCUACACGUCCUUCGCCAGACUGCUCGACUCCUGCGCCAAUGAAGCUGUAGACCCGCCCCUUCCUGUGGCCAAGAGCCCCACCCUGCGACGUGUGGCCAUCACCAUGGAGAUGACCCGGCGGGUCGUCACGGCGACGGGGGUGACGCACCGUGUGGAGGGAUUUGCUGAGCGCUACAUGGAGAACUUCGCUCCCUGGGUGAAGAGUCAGGGAGGAUGGGAAAGCAUUGUGCAGAUGGAGGUGCAGGAGUUCGACUAAUUGUGCAGUGAAGUUUGUGUGUGUGUGUGUGUGUGAGCUGUGAACACACACCGAGCUGCACAUCAACACUACUGAUCACACACCUCUUAUAUACACAUAUCUAUUUAUGUUUUUUAAAAUGUGAUGAUUUUUUUAAGUGGGCUGGGGUUUUUAAAAUGUAUCUUUUAUACCAUAUAUAUAUAUA